AAGCUACCUGCGACAGCCAUUUAGUUGCAAACAAGUUGAGGAAACUUUUAUUUUCUCAUUUUUUCCAACCGGUAUUUCCACAGUCAGUUGUCGCUUUAGCCAGCGCCCCAUCAAGUAUUUAUUUAUUCCACGACUGCCAGAUAGUGGCAAAAUCACGGCAAAAUCAAAGAUUCACUUUCAGCUUUUAGUUUCUAUGAAUUCGCUUCCGAGCCUUUGCUGCUGCAGUACGAAAUAUGGCUCUCGACUUCAAAGUGUUCACGCUCAAUUGCUGGGGGCUAGCUGUGGUGUCAAAAAACAGAAAAGCCCGGAUUUCAGCGAUUGCAGAUCUGCUCGCUUUACAUCCCUUUGAUGUGGUCUGUCUGCAGGAGGUUUGGACGAAUCGAGACUACAGACUGCUCAAGGAGAAACUUGCAUGUGUGCUGCCCCAUUCUCAUUACUUUUACAGUGGUGUGACUGGCUCAGGAAUUUGCAUUUUUUCAAAACACCCAAUCGAGGAAACGUUCUUCCACCAAUGGUCAGUGAAUGGCUACAUCCAUAAACUCCACCAUGGAGACUGGUGGGGAGGCAAAGGAGUUGGCAUGUGUCGACUCAAAGUCCAGCAAGAAGCCGAAACGUAUUUCGUCAAUGUCUAUUCCACCCAUCUUCACGCUGAAUACAACCGUUCGUCCGAUGACUAUCAAGCUCACCGUGUCCUUCAGGCUUACGACACUGCUCAAUUCAUUUUGCUCACGUCGGGCUCUGCGGAUUUAAUAGUGCUAGCUGGUGAUCUCAACACUGAACCGGGCGAUUUGGCUUACAGGGUGAUUUUAACAGUGCCCGGUUUGGUUGACGCCUACAUGCAAACGGGGAGCAUCUCGGACGACAGAUUUGCUACAAACGAGAGCUUGCGGAACAGCUACACGCCCUCCUCUUUGAUUAAGGACAAAAUUGUAGGCAAGAGGAUAGACUAUGUUAUGUAUCACCCCGGCCCAAACGUAAAGGUGGAGUUAAAAAGCUACGCGUUGCCUCUUCCAGAUCGUGUUCCUAAACAAUCCUUCAGUUACUCCGACCAUGAAGCAAUUCUGGUUGAGUUGUCGCUCUCCAGGGACAGCAAAUCUUCCAAAAAUUGCCCGGACGAAGUAGCUAAGAAACUGGUGCUGGAAGAAUGUGUCGCCUUAUGUAAAGAGGCGCUAAAAAGCAUUUCAAAAACAAAAAUCCUCUAUUGGACCGCAGUGCUCUUACUGUUUCUUCUAUUCCUAGCUAGUCUAAUAGUCCCGGCUGUAGUUAGUGUGAAAAUGAUCGAUGACUAUCCAGUGAUUUUCGGGGUUUUCCGAAUUAUUUUCACCGCGUUAGUGCUGUUUUUUAUUUUAAUGGCCACACUGUGGAGCCGAAUCGAAAUGCAUGGGGUGUUAUCAGGUAAGCUGGCCAUGGAGAUGUCUUUGAAGAAUAUUUAUGAGUGCGCACAUUCUAGAUAGUUAUCGAAUUAGUUUUUUUGCAUUUUUUGCCAAACGUGAAGACGGUUUGUACAUUAAUUUGCCUUCCCGGUGUACACUGCCACUGGUUUAUCAAGUUUCCAAAAAGAGCUCAAGACUUAAUUUCAAUUAAUUAAUUGGAACUUUGUGAAUUCAUUUUCUGGCUAACAGUUACGUGUUGCUUUUCAAGCUCUGGCAAUCAAACGGAAAGAAAUUCAAGGAAAUUGUUUGUUAUUUAUGUGUUGUGAAUUGACCGAUUUCUUAAUGUAUAUUUACAUUUGUGAUAAGAAGCACGUUAGGUGUACUUUGUGACAAAGAAAUUAGCAGAAUAAUGCCUGGAACAAUUAUAUGUAUAAUUGGAACUGGGGAUUGUGUAUGGUUUAACUGUUUUUUUUGUUAAACGUUCAAUGUUAUUGCUCAUAUCAACAUAUUCUAAAAUAAGUUAAACAUGUAGUGACCAUUUGUAUUUACCUUUACCUAAUAAAUUCUAAUGAUCAUUCCUAAA